AUGAACCUCUGGAGACUUUCAGUCGGCAUCGUUGCUGCCGUAAAGUCCGUCUGGACCCGGGGCAGCCCAUUCGCCGCACUCACAGCCCUAUGGCCAACAAACGACGAGGGCAAAUUCAUCAUUCAAUCCGAAGGCAUUCGACUGGCUUUUACAAACCACGGUGCAGCCCUUACAAAUCUCUGGCUGAAUAAUACUCAUGGCGAGGAGAUCGAUGUUGUACUGGGCUUGGACGAUGCGAGGGGUUAUCCGUCGCUGCAGUCGAAUCCGUUUUUGAACGGGGUUAUAGGACGAUACGCCGGCUUCCUAAGCAGCUCCAGCUACCCAGUCGACGGAACAAUCUACCCCGUAACCGCAAACGCACACAACGCGACCUCGCUAUUCAACGGCGGAGAUAAAGGCUGGGGCCGACAGACCUGGGACAUCGCCGUGCAUAUCAACAACAGCAUUACAUUCGUGCUGUUUGAUAACAGGUGGAAUGGGUUCCCUGGGAUCUUUGCCUCGUGCGUGACGCAUACGGUUACGCCGUAUGAGUGGCGGAUUGCCUUUGGGGUUACGCCGUUGCUCAAGGCGGGCCCGAUUAAUUUGAGUCAGCAGGUUUUCUUUAAUCUUGAUGGGUUCAGGAAGAAUGCCAGCACCAGUGAUGCUAGUGAUAGUACGGUGCUUGAUCAUAAGCUGAGGCUUCCUGUUGCUGGGAUGCGGUUCGAUGUUGAUGAGCGGGGGAUUCCGACGGGGGAUAUGAAGAGUAACAGGCAGGGGAAGGAGUUCGACUUUUGGUCUGCGGCCAAGUCUAUUGGCGAGGAGGUUCAGAAGGGUAAUGCCGGAUUUGAUGUGACUUAUGCGCUCGCCCAUAAACCGUUGGGCGACAAGGAAGAUGAGCCUGUGGCGAUCCUCUCCUCGAAGCUGUCUGGAGUCACCAUGGAGCUUUACACGGACCAGGACGCUCUCCAUGUUCAUACGUGGGACAAUAACAUGGGUGCGUUGCAGUUGAAGAAAGGUCAAGGGCCAGGCAAAGUCGCUCAGCACGCGGCGAUAUCUCUAGAGAUGCAAGACUGGCCAGAUGCAGUGCACCAUCCGGAAUGGAGACACAGAAAGACCAUUUGGGGGAUGGACGGACUAUAUACGCGGUUUGCAACGUACAAGGUCUCGGUCGAGGGGAAAUAA